ACAGCAACAGCAACAAAAAUACAAAACGAAAAACUGCAAACUGAAACUGGAAGCUGGAAGCUGGCUGAGCUUCAUCUUUUAGCCAGAGACUGCGCUUUGAUUAAAGCGCGCGUUUAAUUUCAUUUUUUACGCUACUCCACGAAGAAGAAGUUCUGCAACCCUCUUCCCUCUACUGUCCCCCUCAAUUCAGCGUCUCGACGCACUACCAGCUCGGUUUUUAGCGCGACUCCACCCUUCCAACUAUUUUUCAACAUUUUGCGCUUUGAUUCGCUGUUCACAUUUUGGGACCUGGCCAACUGGCCAACUAGCUGACUGGCUGACUGGCUGCUUUUGGCCUGGACCCAACUCCUGCGCUGGCUGGCUCCUUGGGCGCUGCUCAGUACGCCGGCAGCUUUCUCCGUGUGCGUACCACUCAACGCAGCCGUUGUGCUUAAAGAAAAAACAACGAAUUAAAAGUAACAAAGCAAAAAUUAUAUAAAAUAAAACAUAAAAGUGAAAGAAUCCGUGAGAUCAGGCGGCGCAUCAUCAUCAUCAUCAUCAUGAUUAUUAUCUCCUUGUGAUUUUGUGAUCGUUGAUCCGUCUGCGCGAUGCGUCUGUUGUCGCCUGUACUCAUCGUAUUCAUCAAGUGCGCUUGUCUCUCACCUCCAGCUUCACUUUAAAGCUAACUUCACGCCACGUCGAACUGAAAGUAUCUUAACGUUUGCCGCUUGAUUAAUUCGCUCGUCACAAAAAACUGAAACUUAAUUUUUUGUUGUGCUGUUUUGUUUUGCGUAAUAUUCAAAUAAGCACUCGCACUCGUACUCGUACUCGUACUCGCACUCAUCGUGGCCGCAAUAAAAAAGCCUUUAACUACCUGCCCAAAUACUGAAAUAACUGCAGCAGCAACAACAACUACUACAGCUUGUAUAUAAACCAACAAAAGCAUUCGAGACUGGGCCACAUUUGUUUGUUGCCGCUGUUGCGGCUUCGGAGCGAUAUGCGGUUAUUCAUGGUAAUUGCAAUUUUAAUAUUUGCAAUGCCAAUGACGGGAUUCGGUUGGGCCGAGGGCACAAAUAUCUUACUCGAUCCAAAUCUAAUGUGCAAAAAAACGCGUCGUCUACGUGGAAAACUGGCCGAAAUCUGCAGACAUGAUUCGGCGCUGCUCAAAGAGAUCAUCAAUGGGAUUAAUCUGGGCUUCCGCGAAUGCGAAUUUCAAUUUCGUAAUCGCCGCUGGAACUGCACCGUGCUGCGCAAGAGCAUGAGGAAAAUUUUAAUGCGGGACUCCCGGGAGACGGCCUUUGUGAAUGCCAUCACAGCGGCGGGCGUUACUUAUGCGGUGACCAAGGCCUGCACCAUGGGUCAACUGGUGGAAUGCUCUUGCGACAAGUCGCACAUGCGACGCAAUGGCGGACAGCCCCAAAUGGUGAAUGCAGCCACCGCGCAGGCAGCGCUAGAGCGUCAGCAGCAGGCAGCGCUGCUGCGCCAACAGUCGCCACAGCAGCAACGCAACAACAGCAACAGCAUGACGGAUAUUUCAGUUGGCAGGCAGCACAACAAUCACCGGGCAGGUGGGAGGCGAGGACGACGCAAGUUCUGGGACAACAUUAAGUUUCCGCAGGGCGAAUGGGAGUGGGGCGGCUGCAGUGACAAUGUAAACUUCGGGCUGCGACAUUCGCGCGCCUUUCUAGAUGCCAAGCAGCGACAGCGACGCAGCGAUCUGGGCACACUGGUCAAGCUCCACAACAACAAUGCUGGACGACUGGCGAUACGCGAUGCGAUGCGUUUGGAGUGCAAAUGCCAUGGAUUGUCCGGGUCGUGCACGGUGAAAACCUGCUGGUUGAAGAUGCCGCCGUUUCGUGAGAUAUCAGCGAAAUUGCGCGAUAGAUACGAUGGGGCACGCAAGGUGGCGCUACGCAACGAUGGCAACAGUUUCAUGCCAGAGACGCCGCACACGAAGCCGCCAAAUAAAUACCAGUUGGUCUACGCAGAUGAUUCCGCAGACUUUUGCUCAGCGAAUGCAAAGACCGGAGCGCUGGGCACCCAGGACAGGGAAUGCAAUGCCACAUCGAUGGGGGCAGACAGCUGUGAUCUGUUGUGCUGCAGUCGGGGGCACAAGCAUCGUGUGGUUAAGGAGUGGACCAACUGUAACUGCGUCUUCAAAUGGUGCUGUGAGGUGACGUGCGAGAAGUGCCUGGAGCAUCGUGAGGUCAACACCUGUCUUUAGAUAGGGGGCUGGACUAAACUUCGCUUCACGGGGGGGUGCUUGGGGUGUUUGGGGUUUCGAUUUCGGCAUAGUCAUGAACAUAUUUGAAAGCUUUCCAUUUCGCGUGAUAAACAACAGUUUGAAACACACAACGUUUUGCUGCAGUCCACAUUUAAGUAUUAACUAACACUAGAGAGUAACAAACAGUAAACGAGAUGAUUUUAGCCAGGCUUUAGGCCGUUCUAGCUGUAAAUACUACUACUAAAGUAUCAACCAUUAUACGAACCAUUUAAGCUUGUAAAUAGUCGUAAUAAAAACACAAAAAGGAACAAAAAUUAAGUCUUUGGAUUACUUCAAUUAGAGAUGGGCGCAGGAACCCCCAUAAAAUAUGUAUAUUCAUGAAAGGAAUUAAACUAUUAAUAAGGCUUUUCAU